AUGGCGAUCUCCGACUGGCGGUUCCCCUACAAGAGGUCCUACCACCCCGUGUGUCUACACGACUCUCGAGAGCUGACUACUACCAUCCUCCGCAACUGUGACCCGGACGUGGAGCCCGGCACUGAGCGCUACCAGUUCCUGCAGGCUCUGUCCUGCCGCUGUCUGGUCUGCAAGAGUAGCGAGGCUAGCUGCGAGGGCCUCAGGAACUGGAAGCUGGUGUCUGACCAGGCAUGAGUACAGACAGCAUAGAACAGAACACAGCAUAGCACAGCACACAGCAUGGUAGCGAGCAUGAAGCAUAUCACAGCAUGACACCACAUAUACGUACCCUUCAGAAGUCCGACACGUUUUGUAGACAAGCACUAUAAAUAAAGUAUCCAU